AUGAAACCGGGUUUGGCAGAAGUAAACAGGCCUGCUUCCUCUCAUUCAUUCCGCUCAUGUGAUCUGAUUCCAGGCUAUCUUAUGCACGCACCAGAGUUUUAUCUGCCGUACUUUCGAAAGAACAAUGUCACCAACGUGAUUCGUCUGAAUCAGAAGAUGUACGAGUCAAAUCGAUUCACUCGAGCCGGUAUCGCUCAUCACGAUCUCUUCUUUCCUGAUGGUACUGUACCCACCAAGGCCAUUACUCUGCAAUUUCUUGACAUAUGCGAAAGUGCUCCGGGAGCCAUCGCUGUUCAUUGCAAAGCUGGUCUGGGUCGAACGGGAACAUUGAUAGGUUGCUACCUGAUGAGGCAUUACCAUUUUACGGCACCCGAGGCAAUAGCAUGGAUCCGUAUCUGCCGACCAGGUUCCAUAAUCGGUCAGCAGCAAAAUUGGUUAGAGGAGCAACAAGCUUGGUGUUGGGAGGAGGGUCGACGUGAGCGUCGUGAGAAAUCCCCCUCACCAUUGCCAUCACGUCGUAGGAAGGACUUGGUCGACGCGGACAUCUCUGUAAAUCAUCUUUCCCGAUCCACUGGCAAAAUCAUUUACAUCAACACAGAUCCAUUGAAACCACCGACGCAAGUACGAGAUGACCCAAUGUUGAGAUCAAACAAUAUUUUUCCCAUUUUUCGACCCAAAAUGGCUUUGGAUUAA